CCUGCCCUGACCCGCUGGGCCUAUGCCAGGACGCAGAACGUGUACCCCACCUUCCGCCCGACACCGAAGACGUCCUUCCUAGGGCUUGUUUUUGCCAUAGGCCCUCUCCUUUUCUGGGCUGCUGUCUUCAAGUUUGAAAGGGAUCACAAAGAGAAGCUUGUCAAAGAAGGUAAAUACAAGCGACCAUUCAGUGUGUUUUAA